CGGCUGUUCCCACUUUCUUCCUCUUCCAUCCCACUCUUCCACUCCUCCCUCCCUCACUGCCGAGGCCAACGCCUGCCCUCCCCACUUCUCACCACUAGUCGCUCUGCUAGACCCCGCCAGAACACCAAUCGAACCGCUGCACCCACUGCUCCCACUGCAGCAUCAGACACACCGGCGACUCCACCACGAGCUGUGACGGCUGACGAGAAUGCCUCCUCGCGAUAGCUCCCUUCCCCCGGCGGCGCCAUGUCGCUCUGCAGCCCCCUCCCUCGACCGUCCAUAUUCCAUACCCAUCCUCCAUGCAUGUCGAUGAUACCCUCACCCUGCACCCUCACCAAUUGACCGGCCUCCAAACGGUCAACCGACCCUCCCAAUGACCACCACCACCACCACGAAAAACCAACCCUCCCUCCUCGCCUCCCUCCAAUCCGCCCUCCAAAAGCGCGAAACCCGUCUCUCGCGCCGCCGUCUCACCAUCCUCCCCCCAACCUCCACCGACUUUUCCUCGAACGACUUCCUCUCGCUCUCCACCUCCCCGCUCUUCCGCGCCCGGCUUCUCGCCCACCUCCAGUCCGCCCCGCCCCGCUACCCCUUCGCCAGCGGCGGCUCACGGCUGCUGGACGGCAACUCACCCUACGCCGAAGCCCUCGAUGCGCACGAGGGCAUGCGGCUGUCCCGCGCCGGGAAGACCGUGCCGUUCUUGCACAGUUCGCCAGAGAGCUUGGAGGCCGUGCUGACGGCGGAAAUCGCCGCCGAUGCGGGGAUCCGGGACGGCUCGCGGAACGUGUUCGUGGUCGUGGAGUCCGUGUACAGUAUGGACGGGGAUAUCGCGCCGUUGAGGGAGUUUGUCGAGGUGGUGGAGAGGGUGUUGCCGUGCGGGAAUGGGUAUUUUGUCGUCGAUGAGGCGCAUGCGACGGGGGUUUUUGGGCCCGGGGGCGCCGGGGUCGUCAAGGAGUUGGGCCUGCAGGAGAGGAUGUUUGUGAGGGUGCAUACGUUUGGGAAGGCGUUGGCGAGUCACGGGGCUAUCGUCCUCUGCUGCCCCGACACCCGCGACUACCUCAUCAACUACGCCCGCACCGUCAUCUACACCACAGCCAUGGGCUUCCCCUCGCUGGCGGCCAUCCGCACCGCCUACGAGCUGCUAUCCGAAGGCGAGACCGAAGAGCCCCAAGCAACCCUCCAAUCCCUCAUCCGCUACCUCCGCGCGCGCCUCGCCUCCCUCGACACCCUCACCCUCACCCUCACCCUAGACGAAGACGGCAACCCCACCGGCAACCCCACCCCCCUCUUCGCAGUCGACCACUUCCCCCGCUCCCCGAUCUUCUCCCUCCGCAGCCCCGUCCCGCGCCAUCUCGCGGCCGCGUGUCAGCGGAAAGGCUUCGUCGUGCGCGCCAUCAUGGCCCCGACGGUGCCGGUCGGCAAGGAGCGCGUCAGGGUCUGUCUGCAUGCGGGCAAUACGGUCGAGGAGAUUGAUGGGUUGGUGGAGACGAUAAGGGGGUGGUUGGUUGAACGGCAAUCACCACAGACACAGACACAGUCACAGUCACAGUCACAGGGGCUGGGACUGGGGAUGGGACAGGCGCAGGGGGAGAAGAGAGUAGCUAGGUUGUGAGUUUGUUUGCCGCAUGAAGUGGGAAGAGGAAUGAGGAAGAAGUGCAGGUGUGAUGAUACAUAGAGAUAGAUCCUGCUUUAUAGAUAGGAUAUAGAUGCUGUGACGUGGCUAGUGUAUAUAUGUAUAUAUAUAUAUAUAUAGAGAGAGAGUUAUAGCUUAGCCACCGUAUAUAACUUCUGGAUAUGAG